AGACUCACACGCGACAAAUCUAUACCCUCUCUCUCUGUCUCUCUCUCGCCGCUCGCCUCCUAUAUCUAACUCUGUGUGUGUGUGUCGUGGAUAAUGAAUUGAUGAUCUUCUCAAUUUCAUUCAGGGUUUUCUGCAGAAUAUAAUUUCUUAAUAUGAAUCCUCGUACAUAGACCCCAGGUCCACGAACCAUCAAAUUUUGGCAGUUUCUGAUUAAAUAAUAAUAGUGUGGACUAUCAUUUUCCUGUUUAUCUUGCCUUUUAAGCACUCUUAAGUCUUACCCUUAUUUGUCUUUCUUAUAAACCUUCUAAUCCCUCUCUCUCUCUUCCCUCUUUCUCUUUCCCCAAUUUUUUCUUAGGCUUUGUAGACAGAUAGUAUGCUUGAAUGUCCAGAGAAAGGGAGAGAUUUGAAGAGAUAGGCAAGAAGAUCAGGAGAGAAUCUGAUGCCUUUUCUCAUAUGGGAAGAAGACACAUGUUGGGGCCUCCCGGAACCCUAAACACGAUCACGCCGUGCGCAGCGUGUAAGCUUUUGAGACGACGGUGUGCUCAAGAAUGUCCCUUCUCUCCAUAUUUCUCUCCUCAUGAACCCCAAAAAUUCGCUUCUGUUCACAAAGUUUUUGGUGCGAGUAAUGUUUCCAAGAUGUUGAUGGAGGUUCCAGAGAGCCAAAGAGCAGAUGCUGCAAAUAGUCUUGUUUAUGAGGCUAAUGUGAGGUUAAGAGAUCCAGUUUAUGGGUGCAUGGGAGCAAUUUCUGCUUUGCAGCAACAAGUUCAAUCUUUGCAAGCAGAACUAAAUGCAGUAAGGGUAGAGAUAAUGAAAUACAAAUAUAGAGAAACCAAUAUCGUUCCAUCUUCUCACAUAACCUUGCUUUCUUCUGGGGCCGUUUCUAUUGCUGCUCCGCCACCUGCCCGGCUUCCACCACAGCCUCCGCCUCCACCACCUUCUUCACUUCCAAUAACAUCAUCGUCUUCUUCCAUGUACACUCCACCAUCUACUGCUGCUGAUUUUAGCACCAUUUCGAAUGAUGACAUCACAUAUUUUGGUUAAAUUAAUUCCUAGUCUUCCUAUAUAUUUAUCCCUGUUAAACAAACAAUAAAUAUACUGUUACUAUUAGUGUUGUCGAGAUUUUAAAUUACGUAUAAAUUUCCUUUUAAUUUUGUCAAAUCCCCUAUUUAGGAGUCAUGGAAAGAUCAACAUAAGCAUCAAUAAUACAUGCCCUUUUCUUUCUCAAAUUCAAUGAAGAGAAUUGAAAUAAACCAGAAUGUCGUAUGCGUUGGCAUUUCGAAGUUAAAGGGGAAACAUUGCUUUUCCAGCUACGUCUCCGGUUUUAUGUACUAUCUUCUGUACAAACUGAUUGAUCAUACUUUGCUCCUGCACAGGUUAGUCUUUGCCGGUUAAAUUUAUAACAGCUAGUAUAAUCUGGGCUGAGAAAAUUAAGGUAUGGUUGUUAUGUAUCCUCUACUUGUUUAUCAGAAACUUUAAUAUAUACUGAAUUAUAUUAGAUAGUAAGAACAAGAGAACAAGAUAAUAUUGAUGGUUAUUUGUAGGAUACAAGCUAAUAUAGAAUUUGGAUCGUAUUUUAUA